ACCCACAGCUAAAUGCAGGCUUAACGAAAAAUGCUUGGGACGCUUCCAUACAACUGCGAGCCAAGAACCCAACAAAGGUACAAAAGAUGAGCGCAGGCGUUUUUGCGCAAUUUGGACAUGAAUCCAAAUCCUUCCUAACCUCCUAAACACUCUCUCUUCCAUCUCUCUCUCCUUUCUUUAUAUCUAUGGCCGAUAUGUACGGUACUCCUCCCUCCCUCCUCACCUCCGUCAUGCCUUCUGAUUCUGAUGAUUUCUCCACCUUCUUCACCCACCUUCUCGAUAACUCGCCCUCCUCUUCCAUCCUUACCAAACCCAAGACCUCGCCGCCGCCAUGGCUCCCCGUGCCGGCGGGGACCGCCGGGUUUGGCCAAUUGGGGUCGGACUCCCCUCACAAAAAUGGCAAGUCUGUUGGUUCUUCGGAUGCAGUCUCCGAUUCUUUCGACUUUUCUGAUCCCUAUGCUUACGUUCCUACUGAUGUGAAAGAGGCUAGUGGAAAUGAGUUCUUUCCGACUGGUGUCGACGAUUCUGAUGAAAAUACCUCCUUCAAAGAACACAGGAUUUCGCCGGAGAUUGAUCCCGGCAAUUUCGUUUGCGCUACCGAGAAGAAUGCUGAGGCGUCGCAGACAAAGCGAGUUCCAGCACGUACUUCCUCAAAGAGGAGCAGAGCUGCAGAGGUUCAUAAUAUGUCUGAAAAGAGGAGGAGGAGUAGGAUUAACGAGAAAAUGAAGGCUUUGCAGAACUUAAUUCCAAAUUCUAACAAGACGGAUAAAGCUUCAAUGUUGGAUGAGGCGAUUGAAUAUUUGAAGCAGCUUCAACUUCAAGUGCAAAUGUUAAUGAUGAGAAAUGGUUUGAGCUUGCAUCCAAUGUGUUUACCAGGAGGACUGCAGUCUAUGGCAACGGCACUGCCUCAGACAGGGUUGAAUAAUUUUGACGAGUCCAACGGAUAUCAGAAUUCUUGCUGCGGAAUUGCCUCGUCCGUAAAUGCUGAAUGCUUGGUGCACCCAGACUUCAGCCUUCCAAAGCAUUGCUGCAUCUCAGACCAGCCUUUGAUCAUGCCCUCGAUGACAAACAUGACCAACCCAGAUAACUCAUCUGGUUUCAAAUUUCACACUGGACUGCUUGACCCUUCUACAUCAUCCAAGGAUGCACUUUCUGAUGGCGCACCACAGCUCCAUUUGGAUACCACAAACAUUGAAAAGAGCGCGUCUUCAGAUGUCUCUUGAGCAGCCUGAUAUCAGGCGUCGAGGAGAUAGAAAGAACUUGGUAAAUUGGAGGCCACCAUUGAACACUAGUUCUUUUUUCGGUUCAAGGACAGUAUAAUCUACAGAAGAACCUCGAAAUUGCUGACCAUGACACGCCAGGUCAAGAUUUUCUUUGUGCGAGCGAUGACAGUUUGACACAACUAUGAGCUCUCCGAGCUUAUCGAAAUGUACAAACUUUCUGUUUAUCGAUGGCAUAGCUAUUGGACCUUGUGGGCACGUUCAGCUUCUUCUGUUA